GAGUCUCGCUCCAUGGCCCAGGCUGGAGUGCAGUGGCACGAUCUCAGCUCACUGCAACCUCCACCUCCUGGGUUCAAGAGAUUCUCCCGCCUCAGCCUACUGUGUAGCUGGGAUUACAGGCAUGCACCACCACACCUGGAAUUUUUGCAUUUUUAGUAGAGACAAGGUUUCACCACGUUGGCCAGGCUGGUCUUGAAUUCCUGACCUCAGGUGAUACACCUGUCUCAGCCUCCCAAAGUGCCAAGAUUACAAGCAUGAGCCACCUAGCCUAGCCCAUGAUUUUUUUUUUUUUUUUUUUUUUUUUUUUUUUAGGAGAUGGGAUCUAGCUCUCUCGCCCAGGCUUCAGUGCAGCAGGGUGAUCAUGGCUCACUGCAGCCUUGAAUUCCUAGUCUCAAGUGAUCCUCCCACCUCAGCCUCCCAAAUACAGACUGUACCACCACAACUGGCUAAUUAUUUUAUUUUUUAUAGAGAUGGGGGUCUCAUCUUGUUGCCCAGGCUGGUCUCAAACCCCUGGGCUCAAGCAAUCUUCCCACUUCAGCCUCCCAAAAUGCUGGGAUUACUGGUGUGAGCCACUGCACCGGCCAUGAUAGAUUUUGUGAUCUUGGAGUGAUCUGAUAUGUAAGUGGAAGGUUUAAGAAAACUACAAAACUACAAAAUUAAAACUAUCCCCUCCCAUGGAGAUAAAUGGCGCUGAUGGUUGCACAGAAGUGUAAAUGCACUUAGUGCCACUGAACUGUACACCUAAAAAUGGUUAACGUGGUAAAUCUUACUUAUAUUUUACCAUAAUAAAAGAAUCAAUGAGCAAACUUUUAAAAAACGUUCUCUUUGAGUGGAUAAAGAAAAUGUGGUGUGUGUGUGUGUGUGUGUGUGUGUGUGUGUGUGUGUGUGUGUGUGUAUGAAUAUUACUCAGCCUUGAAAGGAAAUGAAGUACAGAUGCAUGUUCCAAAGUGAAUGAACCUUGAAAACAUGCUAAGUGGAAAAAAAAACAAAACACAGACACGGAAGGUCACAUAUGAUAUGGUUCCCUUUCUAUUAAGUAUCCAGAAUAGGUAAAUCCAUAGGGACAGGAAGCAGAAGGGUGGGGGCGGGGGGAAUAGGAUUGACCGCUUAAUGGUUACGGGGUUUUCUUUGCGGGUAAUGAAGAUGUUUAGCACUUAGACAGAGGUGGUGGUUGCACAAUGUGCAUGUCUAAAUGCCAUUAAAUCACACAUUUUAAAAUGGUUAAUUUUAUGCUAUGGGAAUUUCACCUCGACUUAAUAUAUACUCAAUCCCCUCCAGCCGACACACCUUUGGCUCAGGCCUAGGCUGCUCUGCCAUCUGCCAAGUGUGGCUUGUGUAACACACAACCUCUCUGGGCCUCAAAGAGGGCGAAGAAAUCCAUCCUCCCCACAGGGGUAUCUCCAGAAUCAAACGAGAUGAAGUGAGGUGAAAGCGCUCUGAGGGGCAGGACGCUCUGCUGACACAAAAUGUUUACCCAUAACACGUGGCUCAGAGUCCCUUACCCUCUAGCUUGGCGGGAGAGAGAAGUCUGCUCUCCCUCCCCCACACCCCAUCCCCUGCUCAUCCCCUGCCAGCCACCCACCACACCCUUCACGCAGAGAAGUAUAGAGCCACAGGCGGAGGGCGCCAUUCUUUCUCCCUCCCUACUCAGGAAUCUCCCUGAAGCUUUGACAAAGCCCCCUUGACACCCCGCAUUCAAUCUUAUUUUUAUUUUUUUUAUUAACUCUGUCACCCAGGCUGGAGUGCAGUGACCUGAUCUCAGCUCACUGCAACCUCCGCCUCCUGGGCUCAAGCGAUUCUCCUGCCUCAGCCUCCCAAAAUGCUGGAAUUACAGGCGUGAGCCACCAUGCCUGGCCAUUCAAUCUUUUCUUUCCCAGAUUCUCACCUCCAAUCACAAGAUGAAGGCAGGGAGCUCACAGCCCUGUGAGGGGCUGGGGAGAAUGGCAGGGGUGGGCCAGAGUUAGUAAAAGCCCAACUGAUUUUCAGAUUUAUUUUGGCCCUCCCCUAUACCCCCAUAUCCAAUUUCACUCUAGUAGGAAUCAAGACAGGGGAGAGAUGGAUUCCAAGCUGACUUAGGGAGAGGAAAAUACAUAUAUAUGUAAAGCAUUUGCCACAGGCCCCACCUGAGCUAAGCACUCUCCCUCCCUCAACAGCUCCUUUAAUUCUCAAAGCAUCCCUUUUAGUAGAUAAUAAACCCCACUUUGCAGAGGAGAGCACUGAGGCUAAGGAAAGAGGUAAAUUCAUUCAGCGGGUGAGGGAGGAGUUGGGAUUUUAAUGCUGGCAGUAUGACCUCCCCGCCACUGGCACACCGGGUCUUUUGCUGGGACGUCCCCUGUAACCGGAUUGGGGGAAUGCAGGAAAAACCCCAGCCCUCCCCAAAGAGCCUCAGCAGUGACAGCUACUUCCCGGAUGAGAAGGGCGGCCGUGAAGCCAGCAGGGAAGCCAGCCCCACAGCCAAGGGCACCCCAGCCUCCUCACAGCUCCCCAUAGCCUGGACCUGCCGGCCCUCCCUCCAGGACCGAGGGGCUCCCAAGGGAAAUUCAGGUGAGUGUCACCUUCUCCCAGGGAAGAUGGGAAUCAGGGCUUGGAGACAACUGGCUAUCCUGCGUGAUCCACAGGUUUUCCUAGGGAUGAAUCAGAUGUGUGUGGUGUGCGCGUGUGUGUGUGUUCCACACUCACGGUCCAAAUAACAAGACAGAAAAAGAGCAAUGAAGAUCUGUACAAAAGGGCCGAGGAAUGAAGUGCCAAGUGCCAGGAGAGAGGUGGAGGUUGGAGACCACCUACAAAUGGCAGGUGUGGGGGGAUUGAGGGAGUUGUUGAGGGGGAACUGGCUGGGGGUGGGAAGUAAUGUUGGUGGACACCAACAGUCCUGGCCUCUUCCAGCUGAAACCCCUUAAGAAAGUAUCUCUGCCCUUGGGUCAGAGCUAGCAAGUGAGUUGUGUAUUAUUUAUUCACAGUUUGAAAGCUAAACUUCCCUUUCUUGCCUUGUCAGCCCCAGAAUCUUUCCCCAAAGCCGGGACUCCCUCUGGCCUCUACCUUGAGGACACAAGGCUCUCGAGGUCUGCUUUCCCUUCCAACCCUCCUUUCAUCCCAAUAGGCGUGUGCUGGUCCCAAUGUCAGUGAAACCCAGCUGGGGGCCCGGCCCCUCUGAGGGGGUCACCGCAGUGCCUACCAGUGACCUUGGAGAGAUCCACAACUGGAACGAGCUGCUUGACCUCUUCAACCACACUUUGUCUGAGUGCCACGUGGAGCUCAGCCAGAGCACCAAGCGCGUAGUCCUCUUUGCCCUCUACCUGGCCAUGUUUGUGGUUGGGCUGGUGGAGAACCUCCUGGUGAUAUGCGUCAACUGGCGCAGCUCAGGCCGGGUGGGGCUGCUGAACCUCUACAUCCUCAACAUGGCCAUCGCGGACCUGGGCAUUGUCCUGUCUCUGCCCGUGUGGAUGCUGGAGGUCACGCUGGACUACACCUGGCUCUGGGGCAGCUUCUCCUGCCGCUUCACUCACUACUUCUACUUUGUCAACAUGUACAGCAGCAUCUUCUUCCUGGUGUGCCUCAGUGUCGACCGCUAUGUCACCCUCACCAGCGCCUCCCACUCCUGGCAGCGUUACCAGCACCGAGUGCGGCGGGCCAUGUGUGCAGGCAUCUGGGUCCUCUCAGCCAUCAUCCCACUGCCUGAGGUGGUCCACAUCCAGCUGGUGGAGGGCCCUGAGCCCAUGUGCCUCUUCAUGGCACCUUUUGAAACGUACAGCACCUGGGCCCUGGCGGUGGCCCUGUCCACCACCAUCCUGGGCUUCCUGCUGCCCUUCCCUCUCAUCGCAGUCUUCAAUGUGCUGACAGCCUGCCGGCUGCGGCAGCCAGGACAACCCAAGAGCCGGCGCCACUGCCUGCUGAUGUGUGCCUACGUGGCCGUCUUUGUCAUGUGCUGGCUGCCCUAUCAUGUGACCCUGCUGCUGCUCACACUGCAUGGGACCCACAUCUCCCUCCACUGCCACCUGGUCCACCUGCUCUACUUCUUCUAUGAUGUCAUCGACUGCUUCUCCAUGCUGCACUGUGUCAUCAACCCCAUCCUUUACAACUUUCUCAGCCCACACUUCCGGGGCCGGCUCCUGAACGCUGUAGUCCAUUACCUUCCUAAAGACCAGACCAAGGUGGGCACACGCGCCUCCUCUUCCUCCUGUUCCACCCAGCAUUCCAUCAUCAUCACCAAGGGGGACAGCCAGCCCGCUGCAGCAGCCCCCCACCCUCAGCCAAGCCUGAGCUUUCAGGCACCCCAUUUGCUUCCAAAUACUUCCUCCAUCUCUCCCACUCAGCCUCUUACACCCAGCUGAGGUAGAGGCCAGGCUCCUCCAACAGUGAAGGAAAAGGCACAGGAGCCAUGCAGAAAAAAAGGUGAAAUAAAUGGAAGAGAUAGCCAUGGACUCUGGAUCUUUUAAAAAUCUGCACUUCCAGCUGGGAUUGGGAAGGGAGCUGAGGCUAAAGAGGUGCUCAGCAGAGGAAACUAGACACAUUCAUUUCAUAAAUCACUCUGACUGGAAACAGUGAACUGUGCAGGAACCUCACAAAACUCCUUUUGUGUUUGUGAGCUUGUUGAUCUUCCAGCUCACUAUGCAGGUUAUGCGGACAAGAGGCCAGAGGCCAAGGAACCAGGCGGCCCCAGCAGGACGUUCCCUAGCUGUGCAUCCUAUGCACAGCCAUGAUAAGUGAAGGGGGAUGGGGAUGGCAGGGGUGGGGGCGAAGCCAAGGUCUGAGACCUGCACCCUGCAGCUGGGUCAGCAGGAUGGUAUCUCCACCCGUGGCCAUCCAGGAAACACAGCUCCAUUUCCUUGCUGACACCCUCCUCUCCCCGUCGUCCAUCCUGCUCCCUCCCCACAAGCAAGAGGAGCUGUCCCAGAGUCAGCUCCUCAUAGCUGACCUCUUCCCAGCUUCGGAUCUAGGAAACUUCCAGACUUCUAGGGAGACACAGAGCUACCAGAAAGCCCAACCCACCCCCAUCUCUUUCUCUCCAGAUCAUAGGAAAGUAUUAAGGGAUGUCAUUCCAGGAGCAGCCCUUGGGACAGCCAGCAGCAGGUGCUGACAGAUGCUCUGUCCUUCACCCUCUGUCCCCGGCACCAGAUGGGGAAGGCCACAGUGGAAACUUCUCAAUUCCGUCACAGGGCAGAGCUCUGACACUGUUAUAAGUCAGUUCUCCCUGGCCAUAUCUUUUCAUAAUUUUCCUGUCCCACAACUUAGGUUCCUUAACACUUGUUCUACAGAUGAAACAAAAAAGUACUCUGUUAACAAGUAGACCUUCUGGAAAAGGAUCACUUAUGUUUGGGAGACUAGGACCCUGUCCAUGAAGAACUCUGAAGUAAAGCCCUAAGAACAGGAUCUAGUUUCCUCCUUCCAAUUCCACGUCCUUUGCCUCUUAAUCCUGCCCGUGGUGAGGGGACUGGAUGGAAUCACUGAUAGCCUCUUCACCAUCUCCUCUGUCCUGCUUAAGUGCUCCAUGUGUCUGGAAUGUUUAACUUGGAGUAACUACUCACUGACCUGGAGACCACCUGUUCGGCUUUGAGAAAUCAGAACUGUUCUGUGGCUGCACUGACCGCAUGCUCCAAUUGCAUAUGCACCCAGGUUUGUCAGGAGCAUGGAAGGAAACCUGCAUCUCCCUGCUCACUGAGCCCAAACCUGAAAGGGUCUUAAGCUGCAGACAGCUUCUCAGUAGCACAGAGCUGAAGGCUUUUUGAACCAGGAGUCUGGGUUGUGGCUUGGGUCACAGUAAGGGCUUAGCCUACCAAUGCAGAAUUCACAUUGAAAAAGACUUUCCUCUCUUGUCCCAACAUAAAAAAGCAAGCCAAGAUCUGAUGUCCAUAUCACUGUCUCCUCUGACUUGGGCUACAGGAGUUUCCUGAAGGAAACCAAACUUUACAUUUCUGUCACAUUCCAGAUCACCUUAGAGGCCACGCUCCCAAGAUUAGUUAUCACCCUGGCAGUAUGAAUACCUCCCUAAGGCCUCCCAUCCAUGGAGGGGAAGAGUGGGAACCAGCUAUUAUGCUCAGCAUCUACUGAGCACUGAUGGGAGUCCCGCCUGGGCCAUGUGCUCUGGGGCCAAAUGGACAUCACUCCCUAACUUCUUGAGGUCUGUCUCCUCUGUGGAAACACCCAUGUAUCAACCUCAUUAAACUAUGCCAAACUUUUGCCUCCUCCCUGUUUCAAUCCGCCUCACUCCACUCAAAGACACACCAUGUCCCAACAAAUCAAAUGGCAUUGGCAAGACAAAUUGUAGCCAAAUCUCUCACUCAGUAACGUCAGUCCAACUAGACACGGGCAGGGACCCACCACUCUCUCUGGGCUGACGGAGGAUCCUCUCAGGGAUACCCCCUGAAAAGGCUGAGUCUUUGACUUAAUUUCCCACUAAAAACAGGUCAACAAGUUAAUCCUGGGGAAUUCCAGCUACAGGAAAGGAAAAUGUGCUACCUGAAAGAAUUCUGGCAUCUGCUGGGCAGAAAUGUGCUGCUGAAAGGGUGAUGAGCCCAGAUAUUCUGAACUCCAGGUAUGAACAUAUUCAUAGUAGGUAGGAAGAGAACUCUCAUUUCAAAUUUCUUUUUUUAUUCUAAAUAAAAACCACACUUUGUGCUGAACAAUGGAAUAUAAAAGAAUCAGAUGUACAAUGAUUUUAGACAUCUACUAUUUGGGGAAAAAAGUUUACAAAAUAUACAAAACUUUACAGCAAUAGAUAGUAAACACUUAAAUAUUAGGAGGUCAGUACUUAUUAAUUUAAUGGAGGGAGUUAGACGUCAACAACUCUUCUCUGUUUCAUAAGAGACUUUAGCUAUUCAAGGUGGGGGCGGCGAGUGGAUUGGACAGGGGAAGGGUUUUAAAGAAACAUCAAAAUCGAGUUUCAUUUUCAUUCUGAUGUUAAGCUUAUGAUGCAUAACCACAUUGAAACUAAUGCUGUGCACCCUGCCUCCUGACUCAUUUGGUGCAAUAUUUAGGGAAAAAGAGUCCCAGAUGGGCACAGACCACCCCAUAGAGACCACUCCCAUACCAAUAAAUACAGUGUCCAUCUAGAAUUUGCUUUGGAAGUUAAGCAGUCUGGGGCUUGGGGAAAGGGGCACAGAAGGAGGCCAGAGGAGGAAGAAAAUUCAACAUUAGCAAAAACCUGUCUAGGAAAAAGAUAUUUAAGCCCAAAGGUUUGGCCUAGAGACAAACAGGUACUCACAGAUCAGAAAAGUAGAAUAUAAAAAAAAACUUUUACCCAUCCCCUGAUUCUUAGGGGUCACGUGGGCCUGACCCUUAUCCCACCUCCUUUCUUCCUAACUAGCCAUGGACUAUGGGAACUCCAUGGAGUCAUAAAAUUUAGGACCAAAUACUAAGGUUUAGCAGAGCUUCCUAGCGGGUGCUGUGGCAUCAGUGAGUCACCAGUGGGUCACUGGAGUGCCAGGAUACUAAUCUCUGCCUCUGGCCACAUGGAGCCUCUGCUGUUUAACCCCGGGUGCCACACAAGUAUUACCAUUUUCCCCUCAGAAAAUAAGCUGGGAAUGGCCUCAUAUUUGGUUUAAUGCUCUAUGACCACCACCUUGAAAUUCUUAAUAAUUUGUGAAUAAGAGGGCUCCACAAAUGAUGUAGCUGGUCCUGAGUACAUACCAAGAAAACGGGAGAAGAGGAUGUUCAAGGCUUAAACAGAACUUCAGAGUAACACAGGAGAAAGUACUAAACUAGGCUCCAGGAGAGAGGGAGCAACAAAAUCAAAUGAACAGAAAGUCAAAACAAUUAAAAAUGCAAAAUAAAAUGAAUACCUUCUACCAGGUAUCCCUGGGUGCCCUCUGCAACAAUAUAGUGUUUCAAGCAAAACCAUUCAGAAGAGGGUGAGCUAGAGGCAGAGGAAGCAGACAUGACUUUGGUGGGGUGGGGCGAAACAGGAAGUUCAGGUGUGAAUACAGGGGUCACCAACGGGGAGCGGGUUUGGUCAACAAAUCUCAUGAGCUACUGAUCCUAUGACAUAUCUGACUGGGACCAACUGGGCCACCCUGAUCAAUCUGAUCAGCCCCAGGGGGAUCGGGGAUGCAGUUUUCUGUUUCGUGUUUCAAGGAUCUGCUUUUUGGUUUACUGGCAAAAAGGGAAAACUUCACAGUUUCAGGUUAAGUACACAGACCACGCAGCAUCCAUGAUGCCCUCUGUUAAGGAAAAAGGUUUCUCCAGCACAUUUAUCUGCUCUCAGCCACUUGGCUGGUUCCUGUAAUUACCACCUCUCUCACGCCAGCGUUUCAAAAAUCAGUCCUCACCAACAGUCUGGGAGGGAUUGCUCGUGCUUGAAAAUGUAGCAGACACUUGACUGUAGUCUGUUACACAUUUCCUUCUUAUAUUCUAAUGGUCAGUGUGAGUAAGAAAGGGAGAAGCCAGUCAGCAAUGAAGAGUCUCAACACUGCUUUCCUGAUGAGGAUGUCCUGAGGGGACACUGAACAAGGUGGGUUUAGAUGGUCAAAGAUGGACCUUUAAACUGGCCACUGUACAAGUCCCUUCAUCUAAUGGUCACCCCACCAGAGAGCCAUGCACUCCAACUCUGAGGCUUUAUCAGUUCAGGGCUGGGGAGAAGCAGCAGGGCCAACAAGGAUGGAGCUUUGGUUUGUCUGACAUCUCAAUAUAAAUAAAGACAGGAGGCUUCCAAACUGUGCAAAUAGGUCAUUCAUGUCACUUGUUCCCCUCAACCCUGUCCCCAAUCUACUCCAUCACAGGAUGGAAGGGGGAUGAAAGGCCUGGAAUUUAACUGUCCCGAACUUUCUAGAACAUACACCCAUGGCCUAAAGUGUUCCCUGGGCUUAUUAUGCUAGAGACAAUCUGGAGAAGAAGAAAAGAAUUUGCUUAAGGGCUUGACACAUCUUCCCUUAGUUAUACCCCUGGUUCUCCAAAUCUCUGGUCAAGGCUGUUCUCUGGAAUAUGGCUACUUGCUGGG